CUUUUCUGAAACCGGAAGUGAUCUUUCCACACUUCGAUUUCCUUUCUUGCUCAUUAGAAAUGAUUAUUUAUAAUUUGUGCCGGUAACAAAAAAUAGAGAAAUGAUUGGUGGACUGUUUAUUUACAACCACAAAGGAGAGGUCCUUAUCUCCAGAGUGUACAGAGAUGAUAUUGGACGUAAUGCAGUUGAUGCUUUUAGGGUCAAUGUCAUCCAUGCCAGACAACAAGUCCGUUCACCUGUUACCAACAUUGCCAGAACCAGUUUUUUCCACAUCAAGAGGUCCAAUAUUUGGUUAGCGGCAGUAACCAAACAAAAUGUCAAUGCUUCUAUGGUUUUUGAGUUUCUUCUGAAAAUGGUGGAAGUCAUGCAGUCAUAUUUUGGCAAAAUAACAGAAGAAAAUAUUAAAAAUAACUUUGUUCUCAUUUAUGAAAUUUUGGACGAGAUCCUUGACUUUGGAUAUCCACAAAACACAGAUGUAGGAAUACUCAAGACAUUUAUCACUCAACAGGGUGUAAAAUCUCAGUCUAAGGAAGAAACCAGUCAGAUUACGUCACAAGUUACUGGACAGAUUGGCUGGAGACGUGAGGGAAUCAAAUAUCGUAGGAAUGAAUUGUUUCUAGAUGUCCUGGAGUCUGUCAAUCUGCUGAUGUCACCACAAGGUCAGGUAUUGAGUGCCCAUGUGGCUGGUAAGAUUGUUAUGAAGAGCUACUUGAGUGGUAUGCCCGAGUGUAAGUUUGGUAUCAAUGACAAAGUUCUGGUGGAGAGUAAAGGAAAGAGUAUAGAUGAUACUGGCAGAACAACAAACUCUAACCCAAGUGGUAAGAGUUCUAUAGCUAUUGACGACUGUCAGUUCCACCAGUGUGUCAAACUUAGUAAAUUUGAGACAGAACACAGCAUUAGCUUCAUUCCACCAGAUGGAGAAUUUGAACUCAUGAGAUAUCGUACAACAAAGGACAUCAGUCUACCAUUCCGAGUAAUUCCAUUGGUAAGAGAAGUUGGACGAUCCAAGAUGGAGGUCAAAGUUGUUGUUAAGUCUAAUUUCAAACCAUCACUACUAGCACAGAAAGUAGAAGUACGCAUUCCAACCCCAUUGAACACUAGCGGUGUACAGGUGAUUUGUAUGAAAGGAAAAGCCAAAUACAAAGCUAGUGAAAAUGCAAUUGUGUGGAAAAUAAAGAGAAUGGGAGGUAUGAAAGAAUGCCAGCUGAGUGCAGAGAUUGAACUAUUAAAUACCAGUGAAAAGAAAAAGUGGACCAGGCCCCCAAUCUCUAUGAACUUUGAGGUACCAUUUGCUCCUUCAGGCUUCAAAGUUCGCUAUCUAAAAGUGUUCGAACCUAAACUGAACUAUAGUGACCAUGAUGUUAUUAAGUGGGUUAGAUAUAUCGGCAGAAGUGGGUUGUAUGAGACCAGAUGUUGAUCAAUUUAGGCAACAGAGAGUUUUAAGAGAAAAGAUGUGAAUUCUGGAAGAAAGAAUAAUACUGAACAUAUUUACUCAUUACUAAUUGAUGUUUAGUAAACUUGCAUAUUGUGUAUCCAUCAUUUAAAAAAUUGAAAGCAUUGUGGGUAAUGAAUGUAACUAAGUCGAUGGGCAUUUGUAUUCUUUACACUGGGUAUUAAGCUAUAUUGUACAAAGUAUAUACUUCUGUCUCUUGAAUAUUCAUAAACCAUAUAUACCAAAAAUAUUUAAAUGCAGUUUAUGUCUUUUUUCUGUGAAUCUGAUAUUCUAUCUUCAAGAUUUUCACAUUCAAAAAACUACUACUGGUAGAUAAUGGUAUCAGAGUGUCUUGAAAUCAUUUAUUGAAAGAGGAUUCGAUCAUUUUGGUGCAAUUGAAAUAAAACUACCCACAGUGCUUUUAAUACUAAAAGAAGAAUAAAAUUGUAGAAUGUU